GAAGCGAGGUCCUCUGAUGUCAAAGUUUCCGGCCCACCAUCUUUGUCCCUGGCAAAAUUGGGUUUUGCGCAGUGGCUUAGACCUAGAGAAAGAAACGUGACGGGCAGGAAACCAUUACAACACCACCCCGGCUGUGCUCUGGCUGCCACCGCCACUCCCGACCCCUGCCUCCGGUGUACAUUAAAGAUCCAGAAUCAUGACUGACUCCAAGUACUUUACAACCAAUAAAAAGGGAGAAAUCUUUGAAUUAAAAGCUGAACUCAACAAUGAAAAGAAAGAAAAGCGGAAGGAGGCUGUGAAGAAAGUGAUUGCUGCUAUGACUGUGGGGAAGGAUGUUAGCUCUCUCUUUCCAGAUGUAGUCAACUGUAUGCAGACUGAUAACCUGGAGCUAAAGAAGCUCGUGUAUCUCUACUUGAUGAACUACGCCAAGAGUCAACCAGACAUGGCCAUCAUGGCUGUCAACAGCUUUGUGAAGGACUGUGAAGAUCCCAAUCCUUUGAUUAGGGCCUUGGCAGUCAGAACCAUGGGGUGCAUCCGUGUGGACAAGAUUACAGAAUAUCUCUGUGAGCCCCUUCGAAAGUGCUUGAAGGAUGAAGACCCCUAUGUUCGGAAAACAGCGGCAGUCUGUGUGGCAAAACUCCAUGAUAUCAAUGCCCAAAUGGUGGAAGAUCAAGGAUUUCUUGAUUCUCUACGGGAUCUCAUAGCAGAUUCAAAUCCAAUGGUGGUGGCUAAUGCUGUAGCGGCAUUGUCUGAAAUUAGUGAGUCUCACCCAAACAGCAACUUGCUCGAUUUGAACCCACAGAACAUUAAUAAGCUGCUGACAGCUCUGAAUGAGUGCACCGAAUGGGGCCAGAUUUUCAUCCUGGACUGCCUGUCUAAUUAUAACCCUAAAGAUGACCGGGAAGCUCAGAGCAUCUGUGAGCGGGUAACUCCCCGGUUAUCCCAUGCCAACUCAGCAGUGGUGCUUUCAGCAGUAAAAGUCCUAAUGAAAUUUCUGGAAUUGUUACCCAAGGACUCUGACUACUACAAUAUGCUGUUGAAGAAGUUAGCUCCUCCUCUUGUUACUUUGCUGUCUGGGGAGCCUGAAGUGCAGUAUGUUGCCCUGAGGAACAUCAACUUAAUUGUCCAGAAAAGGCCUGAAAUCUUAAAGCAGGAAAUCAAAGUCUUCUUUGUGAAGUACAAUGAUCCCAUCUAUGUUAAACUGGAAAAGUUGGACAUCAUGAUCCGCCUAGCAUCCCAAGCCAACAUUGCUCAGGUUCUGGCAGAACUGAAGGAAUAUGCUACUGAGGUGGAUGUUGACUUUGUUCGCAAAGCUGUUAGGGCCAUUGGACGAUGUGCUAUCAAGGUUGAGCAAUCUGCAGAGCGCUGUGUAAGCACAUUGCUUGACCUAAUUCAGACCAAAGUAAAUUAUGUGGUCCAAGAGGCAAUUGUUGUCAUCAGGGAUAUCUUCCGCAAAUACCCCAACAAGUAUGAAAGUAUUAUUGCCACUCUCUGUGAGAACUUAGAUUCACUGGAUGAGCCAGAUGCACGAGCAGCCAUGAUUUGGAUUGUAGGAGAAUAUGCUGAAAGAAUCGACAAUGCAGAUGAGUUACUAGAGAGCUUCUUGGAGGGUUUUCAUGAUGAAAGUACCCAAGUCCAGCUCACUCUGCUCACUGCCAUAGUGAAGCUAUUUCUCAAGAAACCAUCAGAAACACAGGAGUUGGUCCAACAGGUCUUGAGUUUAGCAACACAGGAUUCUGACAAUCCUGACCUUCGAGACCGGGGCUAUAUUUAUUGGCGCCUUCUCUCAACUGACCCAGUGACAGCCAAAGAAGUAGUCUUAUCCGAGAAGCCACUAAUCUCUGAGGAGACCGACCUUAUUGAGCCAACUCUGCUGGAUGAGCUGAUCUGCCACAUUGGUUCUUUGGCCUCUGUGUAUCAUAAGCCUCCCAAUGCUUUUGUGGAAGGGAGUCAUGGGAUCCAUCGCAAACAUUUGCCAAUUCAUCAUGGGAGCACCGAUGCAGGUGACAGUCCUGUUGGCACCACCACGGCAACCAACCUGGAACAGCCUCAGGUUAUUCCCUCUCAAGGUGACCUUCUUGGGGAUCUUUUAAAUCUUGACCUUGGUCCCCCAGUCAACGUGCCACAGGUGUCCUCCAUGCAGAUGGGAGCAGUAGAUCUCUUGGGAGGAGGAUUAGAUAGUCUGCUUGGCAGUGACCUUGGCGGGGGCAUUGGAGGAAGUCCGGCAGUUGGACAGUCCUUCAUCCCAUCAUCAGUGCCUGCAACCUUUGCUCCCUCACCAACUCCUGCCGUAGUCAGCAGUGGUCUGAAUGACCUAUUUGAACUCUCCACAGGGAUAGGGAUGGCACCUGGUGGUUACGUGGCUCCUAAGGCUGUCUGGCUACCUGCAGUAAAGGCUAAAGGCUUGGAGAUUUCAGGAACAUUUACUCACCGCCAAGGGCACAUCUAUAUGGAAAUGAACUUCACCAACAAAGCCCUGCAACAUAUGACAGACUUUGCAAUCCAGUUUAACAAGAAUAGCUUUGGCGUCAUCCCAAGCACUCCUCUGGCCAUCCAUACACCACUGAUGCCAAACCAAAGCAUCGAUGUCUCCCUGCCUCUCAACACCUUGGGCCCAGUCAUGAAGAUGGAACCUCUGAAUAACUUGCAGGUGGCUGUUAAAAACAAUAUUGAUGUCUUCUACUUCAGCUGCCUCAUCCCACUCAAUGUGCUUUUUGUAGAAGAUGGCAAAAUGGAGCGCCAAGUCUUCCUGGCAACAUGGAAGGAUAUUCCCAAUGAAAAUGAACUCCAGUUUCAGAUUAAGGAAUGCCAUUUAAAUGCUGACACUGUUUCCAGCAAGUUGCAAAACAAUAAUGUUUAUACUAUUGCCAAGAGGAAUGUGGAAGGGCAGGACAUGCUGUACCAAUCCCUGAAACUCACUAAUGGCAUUUGGAUUUUGGCCGAGCUACAGAUCCAGCCCGGAAACCCCAAUUAUACGCUGUCGCUGAAAUGUAGAGCUCCUGAAGUCUCUCAAUACAUUUAUCAGGUCUACGACAGCAUUUUGAAAAACUAAUAAACUGGUCCAGUACCCUCCAGCCACCCUGCGAUUGGUGCAAGCCAAGAAUUCUUAACUGGAAGAAAUUGUACUGCUGUGUAGAAUCUGAACCCAAACACACUGAGGCCACCCAGCACAGUAGUGACUAGUCUAAUCUGUGCUAACUGUAGAGACAACCUGUUGGAUAGUUUUAGCUUCCUGUGAACAUUUGUAACCACUGCUUCAGUCACUUCCCACCUCCUGCCACUUGCUACUGUCUGUCCUUAUUUGUGGGCUUCUCUGUGCUGUGCCAACAGCUGGCUUUUUCUACACCCUCAUUUGAGUGUAGUUUGGUAUUUUGCCAUCAAGAGCUCAUUUCAAAAGCAGAAAAAGACAACAAAUAUUAAAGCAAGGAAUAGUGUCACUGAAACAUGAACUGCACUUUAUUGUUUUAUAUUUUUGUACAUAUGAGAAAUGGAGGUAGUAUAACUGGUAGAAAGUGUUAAAACAACUGACCAUCAGUUACCGUGGUCCUAGAGGAAGAGAUACAGUUACCAUCCCACUCUAUUAGGGAUUCUCUCAUCUGUGGCAACCUUGUCCCUAGUCAUUUAGAUUUUUGGUUUUUUCUCUCCAUACUCCUUUCUUGCCAGGCCUUCACAUUUGCCCCAUCCCCAUAUUCUCAUCUCAUUUGCUUGCUCUGCACUUGGGAAUGAUCUCCACUGAGUGUUUUUUUCAAAGUGCAGGAAAUACUAGGCCUGUCAGCACCAAAGCGAAGAGAAGUUAACUUAUUCCUUUCCACCAAACCAACCCAUUAAUAAUGCUGAUUAGGACAUGUGAGGAGAGAUGGAGAAAUGGAACUACAGUGCCCUCCCCAGCCUGCUUCCCUUUAUUUCUCAGAUCCAAUUCUAAAAAUCAAGAGUUUUGAAACAGACUUUAAUGGCUUAUCCAACCCUGUUUUUCUACAAAGGAGAAAAAUAAAAGGCAAAAAGAGAGCAUUA